AUGAGUACUGCUUCAACACCUUCGAACAGAUCCUCCGUGGGGAGGGAUAGACGAAGAGUUGUUGGGGUUCCGAAGCUAUGUUGGUGUGGGCAGUCUAUUGUUGAGCUAAUUUCGAAAUCGACUCCCAAUCCUUACCGACGCUAUUAUCAGUGUUCGUUAGCUAUUCAGGAGAAGCUGAGUAAUGAUCAACACACUUGCAAGUGGGUGGACGAAGCCUACUUAGAUGAGAUCGAGAGUUUGUGUGCCCGGACUCUCUCCUUACAAGAACAAUUUGAAUAG